UUUGCUAGUCAAGCGUAGUAUAAAUUUCAUAUUUUAAAUAUUUAAAUUGGCGCCUUUUGAAAUUUCAAGAAGUGUGUACACACUGUUGCACAAUUAGAUGACAUUCCUGUUGACAAUACAGUAUUAACAGCAAUAUUUAAAAUGUCCGAUGAUGAUGAUAUAUUCAAUGUGCCAACAAAGCGGGCAGAUGAAAAUAAAUUAUUUAUGCCAAAUGAGGUGUCGGAGGAAACGGACUACGAUUUUAUUGAAGUGAAACCAGUUAUUAAGAAACCCACGAAACUGACAAAGAGCAAGCAGGUGCCGGUGGAGAAGCCAAUUGCCAAAUAUAGCAAAACCCGCAAAACAAAAAAACUUGAGCAAAAGCCGGCAGGUAAAACUUCACCAGAGGAAGCAACAGUGGCGCCACCUUUAAGACGUGAUUUGUCGCCCGUUUCGCAAAUGAUCUUGGAAAUGGAGCAAAGAGAACUUCAAGUAAACAAACCUUCAAAAGAGACAAUACAAUCUGAAAUUGAUGAUGCCUUAGCUGAAAUGCCCGUGGCGCGACGGACUAGAGCGGGAAGACGAAGUUUAAAUCCCCCACCUCCAGAUGGGAUUGAACAAUCUGCUGCCGCUCCUGCUGCCAAGAAACCAUCACCACCAAGGCAACGAGCUAGCCGCGGGAAAAAGAAGUCAACAACAGCAGCAACAACAAGACAAACCCAAGCGAAUACAAUUCCCAAAAUGUUUUCAGCUGGAUCUAGAGGGAAUCGUCAUCAGGUGGCAGAAAUUGCGGCACGUGCCCGCGUUGUGGACACCAUUGAUAUGGUCACAGCUGUAAUGCCGCCUAUAGAGGGUUUUGUCAAUUUGGACUCGGAUGACGAGAACUCGCCGCCACCUCAAUUGGAAGGAACUAGUGCAACAGAAACCAAAAAUUACGAUUUUGAUAAUCCAGAAAUUGAUAUCAAUCUCUGCUGGCAGGGCGAAAUUCAAAUGUAUAAAUUGCGGCAAUAUCAAAAAUUUGCGCAAUUGUUUAAAGAGAUCUCUGAGCGAAAUAAUGUGCCAGUUGAUGACAUUGUCAUCAAUAUGGAUGCUAAUUUGAUAAAACCGCAGCAAACACCUAAAGAUGUUGGACUCAAAGUGUUCCACAUAUUAAAUGGUUAUCCAUUUGCAUCCGGCAACAAACCUGCUGAGUCAACCAAACAUGUUGAUCUUUAUACGAAGCCAAAGAAAUUCCAGUUAAAAGUCCAGGGAGAUCGAUGGAAAAGACCUUUGAUAAUUCUUAUGAAUAAAACUGAUGCAUUUAAAGUAUUGUAUAUAAAAUGCGCCGAGGAAAUGGAAUGCUCUGUUGACGAUUUCAAACUAUUUUUUGAUGGGGAAUUGUUAGAGCCAGAUGAUACGCCAAGAAAUCAAGAAAUGGAAGGAAAUGAGAUGAUAGAUUUUCGGAAAAAAUAGAGUUUAAUUUGUUAUGUUAUAAUUCUUUGAAAUGAAUUGUUAAAUAAACUUCGAUUGUCUGU